AUGGCCGAUUGGCCUCCAACAUCAACAACAACCCAUAAUCCUACUAACCGUUUAACAAAUAAAAUACCGUCAACACCGAUCGUAGCUAUAAACAAUCAAAAUCCGACGUCAAAUCAAAAUAAAUUACAAACAACAUCGUCUCCACCAACUUUUUAUUCUCACAAUUCGCCAACAACGACUAGUACCUCCCUAAUUCAUGAAACAUUUCGUAGCACAUUGCGACUUGUCACGGGUACCGACAGUACAGAGCAGCAAGAGGUAACCAAUUUGUCGCAUAUGUGUUAUCCUCCCAUGAUUCCAGAUGACCCAUUGAUUAAUACAGACAAUCUUGACAGUGAUGGUAAUAUGAAUGAUCAUUCACAUACAGGAACAGGAUUGGGAACCAGUAUUAUAGACUCGGGACCUCAUAGUAAUCAUGAUAAUUACCAAGAAGGCCAUGGACACUUUUUUGUUAAAAAAACAUUUCAUAAACCAACUUAUUGUCAUCAUUGUGUAGAAAUGUUAUGGGGGCUUAUUGGACAAGGUUAUUAUUGUGAAGUUUGCAAUUUUAUUUGUCAUGACAGAUGUAGAAAACACGUUAUAUCACCAUGUUCUAGUAUUGCCCCGAUUCUGAUCAAAAAUCCUGUUUGUCACAUAUGGUCUGAUGUUAGUCGUUUCAAACGUAAAUUUUGUAAUGUAUGUCGGAAACGUUUAGAAGAUUUUUCGGCUGUACGAUGUGAAAUAUGUGAAUAUUAUGCUCAUGAAGAUUGUAAAGAUUUUGCUGUUAAUGAUUGUCGAGAAACAGCCACUUAUGUUCCAAAGAGAGACAAUACAACUGUGCGUCAUCAUCAGCAUUGGCGUGAAGGUAAUUUGCCAACAAAUUCCAAAUGUGCAGUGUGCAGAAAAACAUGUUGGUCUAGUGAAUGUCUCGCGGGUAUGAGAUGUGAAUGGUGUGGAAUAACAACCCAUAGUACAUGUCGUUCAAAAGUUCCUGAAGAUUGUAAUUUUGGUACAUUACGGGAUAUUAUUAUACCUCCAUAUGCAAUUAGUAUACCUCGGAGCGAUUUAAAUAAAGAAUCUAUUUUGGGAAUUGGAUUAGUUCGGCGAUACAAUGAAGUGCCAGCCAUAUCAUUUGCCGGUCCAGGAGUUUCUUCAUGUUCUCCAUCAACAAUGUCAGUGGGUGCAUCCAGCAGUAGUAGUUUUUUUUUCUCAACGAGUAGUACUAGUGGUCAGCAUCAGCAUACAGCAUUAACUGCUGUACAUAGUUAUAACGAUAUGCCACCUCAAUCUCCAAGUAAAAUAGAAAAAGCGAAAAAAAAUAAUUUAUAUCGUCGCAUACAGCGACAAUCAUCAUUUGUAUUACCACGAAAAAAAACACAACGGGAACAUCGAUCAAUAUACAGGGUACGCAGUAUAUCUCAAGAUUAUAACUCUGCUGAUAAAGAGGAUCAAGCGUCGAAUCCAAGUGGCACAUCUGUGAAUAAUCCUUCUACUACUUACAUUGCACCUGAGCCGCCUUCACAACCACAACCACCUAGUCUAAUAGCACCAAAUUCACAACCAUCAUCUAAACGACGAGAUAAAUCAUCAAAAGCACCAGAUGAAGAAGAAGAAAGAGAAAUAAUAAAAGUAUUUGAUGGUAAUGCAGCAUAUCGUGAAAAUACACCAAGAGCUAUAUCAGUACCAAAAGUGACCAGUUAUAAACAAAUAUUGGAGGCCGCAUUACGUACAUUCCAUAUUAACGAUGAUUCAAAUAAAUAUUGUAUAACUGUUCCUAUUGAAUCAGACAAUGGCAAAGAUCAUGCAAUCGAUGAAAAUAAUCCAUUGAAAUCUAUUAGACAAUUAAAUUCUAAACGUCAUGUAUUCAUACGUUAUCGUGAAACAGAUAACGAUCCUUAUUUUGUUCGAGUUUAUCCAGGAAUAUUGAAUUGUAAAACAAAUGAUUGUUUUAAAACGAUAAUAAUUGACUCUGAAACAACAACAAAAGAAGUUGUAGGAAAAGCAUUAGAAAAAUUUGGACUACACGGUGCAAUACCUGAAAAUUAUUCAUUAGUCGAAGUAUUAUUAAUCUCAAAUAUUAACUACACAUACACUGAUCGAGUUUUAGAAGAACAUGAAUGUCCGUUAUUUGUACUCAAACAACAAAGACAAGAAUCCGUUCGUAGUCAUCGUGUUACUCGUUUUUAUUUACAACAUAAAGAAGAUCCUCAUGGCCCAUCUGUUUCAUUAUUUGUUGGAAAUUUACCAACGGGUCUACGUACUGAACGUCAAUAUGAUCGUAUUCUGUUUACAGAUGUAUUAAAGUCAAAUAAAGAAUUAAAAUGGGAUAAUAUGGAAGUUAUUUAUUAUGAACAUGGAGCAAUGGUUCUAGUAUAUAAUGAUAGUGAAAAAGCGACUAAAGCCUAUUCAGAAUUACGAAGAGGAAUGUAUGACAAUAAACCAUUAAUGGUGCUAAUGUUGCCGAAUAUACAACCGCAAAUAAUGCCUCCAAAUGUGACGCCAUUACUCGUAUUUGUUAAUGUUAAAUCGGGCGGUCAACAAGGAAGUGAAUUGAUAACAAAUUUUAGACAUUUAUUAAAUCCACAUCAAGUAUUUGAUUUACAAAAUGGAGGACCAUUGCCUGGAUUGUAUGUAUUUCGAAAUAUUCCUCAUUAUCGAAUAUUGGCAUGUGGUGGAGAUGGUACUGUUGGAUGGGUAUUAAGUUGUUUAGAUAAUGUUGGACAAGAUGCAUUGUGCCAAUCGCCGCCGGUCGGUAUUGUUCCCUUAGGAACAGUUUCAAGCAAUUUAAAUUUGUCUACAUAUUUAGGAAACGAUUUGGCUCGUGUAUUACGGUGGGGAUCGGGUUAUACGGGCGGUGAAGAACCGAUAUCAUUGCUCAGGGAUAUUGUUGAAGCUGAAGAAAUUAAACUUGAUAGAUGGACAGUUGUCUUUCAUCAAGAUCAAGAAAAACGAGAUCCGGAAGGAACAACAAAUGAAGAUAAAACAGAAAUGUUUGUGAUGAACAAUUACUUUGGACUUGGUUUAGAUGCCGAUAUAUGUCUAGAUUUUCAUAUGGCUAGAGAAGAAAAUCCAAAUAAAUUUAAUAGCCGUAUCCAAGCCAAAGGUUAUUAUUUCAAAACUGGAUUACGAAAAAUAAUGAAAAAAGGCGGUCUAAAAGAUUUUACACGCGAUAUUAUUUUGGAAGUAGACGGAAAACGAAUUGAUUUACCAUCAUUAGAAGGCAUCGUAAUAUUAAAUAUUCUAAGCUGGGCUAGUGGAGCAAAUUUAUGGGGACACGAAAAAGAUGACAAAUUUUCACGUCCAACACAUUAUGAUGGCAUGUUAGAAGUUUGUGGUGUAACGGGAAUUGUACAUAUGGGACAGAUACAAUCAGGAAUUAGAUCAGCCGUUAGAUUAGCUCAAGGAGGACAUGUUCAUAUUCGUAUGAAUAACGAUUAUCCAGUACCUGUUCAAGUCGAUGGAGAACCGUGGCUUCAACCGCCAUGUGACAUCACAAUAAUUAGAUCAGCAUUAAAAGCCACAAUGUUACGUAAACGUAAAAGUAAAAUAAAACGUCGUAAUACUGAACCAUCCGUGUAUUUUCCUGAUGUUGAUGAUGAUUCAAAGUGUUAA